GAAUUUACGUAGUGGAUUUGUGGCGCAGUUACGGGUGUGUUUCUCUUAAAAGGCAGCGAGCUAUUGGUUACUUAGGAACGGUAUGUUUCAGCUCAGCAGAUAGGAGGGAUAUAUACAAGAAGGGACGAUCCAUCAUGGCAGUGCCUGUUAGCAGGCAUCCACUCAGCUGCUGCCUGCCACAUCCCUCACCUGGUAUCACUGCUGCAUCACCAGCUGUCCCAUUAGUUACAGAUAAAAACGUUCCCAGGAAGCAUGCUAUUCUGAAAGUAGUUGGUGACCAGCUUAGCAUCAAACUGGUCCAUGUGAACCUUUGUUUUUAUUGGCCUGUUGAAGAUGACCAACUAUUUCCAUUGGAUAGAGAUAAGUGGCAUCAGUUGUGUCCAGCUGACAGUUUUUCUCUGUUGGUAGACAAAUAUAUCUUCAAGAUUAUGUGUACUCCACUGGAAAAGGAAAACCUACUAAGGGAAAAUGAUAAUUGUGGUGUAGAAGACCUACCAGAUCAAAUCCCUACAACUCUGCAGUCUACUAUGAAAUCUCACAGUCAGCCUUCGGAACAAUCAACAAUCCCUUCUAGCAAAAAACAACUUCCAGAAGUACAUUCACUUAUGGAAAAAGCAACCGAAAUCCCAGAGAAGUUUACUCUUCCUAAAAAAGAAGAAUCAAGGCCUGCUCAGCGAAAAAGACAGCUUCCAGAAUGGAUGCUGCCAGCAGAUCUAAUGGUUUCAAGCCAGUCAACCUCUGACUCUAAAAAUGGUAGUAAUGAAGAAGUAAAGCCAGGUGUAAGUAAAAAGCAGAAAAUUAUUGAAAGUGAAGAUUCUGCCCUUCUAAAAGAGGGAAUAUUUACUAAAGAUGUUGUGAAGAAAAUACCAAAGAAUGGAAGUAAAAAAAUAUCUCAGAAAGCUGAAAGUUCAUUUGAACAAUUUAACAAUGAGCUGGAUGAUGAAGAGCUGGACCUGGACCUCAAGUCAGAUGGACAAGCAUCUCAGCCUGCUCAAGUACAUACAACAAAUAUAAAAGAAAACAAAUUGGAGAGUGUUGACUCUAAAACCAGGCAGGUUUAUAAGGAAAAGCCAUCACAAUCAUUACUCAAUCAGGGUGAUAUUCAAGAGACUACUCUGAAUCAGGCUACUGGAAUAGAUACUUCGAAUAUAACAGAAAGUCAAGAGAUGCAACAGAGUUCUCACAUAAACAAACCCCUGAGGACUGCUUGCCAGUAUGGGAAAAGCUGCUACAGAAAGAAUCCUAUACAUUUCCAGGAGUUUAGUCACCCUGGUGAUAGUGAUUAUUAUGACUCAGAAGCUUUAAGUCAGGUUGAUGAUCAUAGGCCUGAAUGUCCUUAUGGAACAGCUUGUUACAGAAAAAAUCCACAGCACAAGUUGGAAUAUAAACAUACAGCUCCUCCUGAAUCUGAAAGAAGGCAGACAAGAUCAAAAGUUACAAGAAAAGAGGGAAGGAAAGGGACAGUUGCUCUUGGAAUUGUAAAGCAGGCAAGAAGAGGAAAGAAGAUUAUGCUUCUUUAUAUUCCGUUUAAGUACUGGUACUGUAGAGGAAGCAGUGAUCCAGUGGUGAGGAGAGAGGCAGCCAGACAUACGAAAGGAUAGAGAGGGCAGAAAACGUAACGGGAGUGAAAGAGGUCUUGAUUACAUUAGAAUGCAACAAAGAGGACUUGGAGUUUUUCAUCAUCCAGCAUACAAGAUGUUCUCUUUUCUAAGAUAGUAGAAGAUGUAAUCACAUUCUGUCCCCGAUUGCCUGUUCUUGCCAAAUACAUCAUUUCAGGCAAAAUGAUGAAUGAAAAAUAAAAUGGGAUUACCAGAGCAAAAUUGUGAUCAAUUCACUCACUUGUCUAUUGCUUCCUAGUGUUUCUUCUGAAGGUUAAAAAGCUUAUCAAAAGCUAGAGCUGAUGGUUUGCAUUUCACAUAAUCCUUUUCAAAUGUUCUUGGUAGAACUAUGUGACCUGGCUAAAGUCUCUCUCCAGUCCUGCCUCAGUAGUUUUGCAUUAUAUAUUGUGAUACAGGAAAUUGAAAAGGCUAUUCUUAGGAAUGCUUUAAAGAGAGUUUUCAUUCCAGGAUAUCUGACUUAUAUGUAUCUUUAGAGAAAAAAAAAUCAUAUUGACACACUUGGGAAAUUGAAUCAUUUUUGUAUACAGGGUGGUCCUCGACUUACGACCACAAUUGAGCCCAAAAUUUAUGUUACUAAGUGAGACAUUUCUUAUGAGUUUUGCCCCAUUUUACGACCUUACUUGCCACAAUAGUUAAGUGAAUUAUUGCAGUUGUUCGGUUAAGUGAAUCUGGCUUCCCCAUUGACUUUGCUUGUCGGAAGCUUACAAAAGCUGAUCAUAUGACUCUGGGACAUUGCAACCGUCAUAAAUACGAACCAGUUGCCAAGGAGCUGAAUUUUGACCACAUGAUCAAGGGGAUGCACUUUUUUUAGUGUCAUUGCAACUUUAAAAAGUCACUAAAUGAACUGUUGUAAGUUGAGAGCCUUAGGAAAGAAAACUAAACUGACAAAAAAAUUCUGGGUUAGCAUUGUGUCUGUGGGCCCCGAGCCGGGCUUCCUGGCAGAGAGUGACUUGGAGAGUGAGGGAGAAGAGUUGACAGGGCUUCCCUCUGCAGAAACUUCCUCUCUGGCUCUGCUCCAGAUUCCAGAGGCAGGGCAGGUAGAGGAGGAGGAACUGACAUGGCCUCUUUCCCCUGACUCCUCCUUCCCCCUGGCAACGCCCCAAGAGCCAGCUGAGGAGGAUCAAUUGUGGCUAGGUGCAAGAUAGUGACGCCGAGUGAAGUGUGCGCAGCAAAAGAAAAGAAGGGGCCGGCCCAGGGAGUACUGAAUCACGGAGCCACACCCCACUGGGUAUAAAAGUGGGUGGAACUGCCUUUGGGCUCUGUGACGGACAAAAACUGACUUUUGGAAACUUCGGCUGCUUUAUUGCGAGACUCAGGAAUUGGCUUUUCAGACUUCUGUUUACUUCUGAACUCUGGGUUGCUCCAGCAACAGACCACAGUAGCAUUGAAGAGAUAAGGAGAACUUGGCAGGCAUUCGCAGGUUCGUUGCCAGAGCUGAUAUCCGUAGCAAGAAUAAAUUGCUGGCAAAUACAGUCAGCUCGUGUGUCUUCUGGGGGAUGGUUGAGGGGGGGCAGAACAGUUAGCUUUGACUAACCCAGAAUAGUACAAUAUAUACAUACAUAUAUCUUGAGGCUUUUCAUCUAAAUGUGAAUUUUCUAAAUAUGAUGAUAAUAUCCCAUCUAUUACAUUGAAUGUGUAAGGUCUAAUUAUCAUUAGUACUGUGCAAAGUUUUAAUCUCAAUGUCUUUGGUUUUAAGUUCCAGUUUAACAAAUCAGAAAUAGGCAAAGUUAUUUUGUUUCAGUAGUUUGCAUAUUUCUGAUUUGUAAAAUGGAACUUAAAACCAAAGACAUUGAGAUUAAAAUAUGCUUUUAGGCCAAUAAUUUCUAAAAAUAUCAAUCUAAAAAUACCAGCUUUUCCAUAAAUAAUUAUUAUUGUUGCAAUGCCAGCUAAUAUUUAAAAUAGUACUACAAGUCCUCUACUAACAAAUCACUACUUCUUCAGAAGAGUAAAAUUUUUCUAUAUGCUAUUGGCAAUGCUAGCAAGAAAUACUGGCUGGUAAGGUUGUGUGAAUAUUAGACUCAGAAAAAAAUGUUCAGGUGGGUUUUAGUUGAUGUAAUGAUAUCAGUUAAAUAUUUUUAUUGCCUUUCAUAACAUUAGGCCACAAGAAAUCAGAGAGGAGUUUGGUGGCCAUCAAUGUGGAAUAAUGACAAUCAAUUCAAUUAGCUUUUGUGCAUAAAAAUGGAUUUUCAAAUUUGUUUAGAAAUUGAGAUAAGAUCAAAUACUUUCCAAAUCAGAAUUUGAGUGGUUUGUAUUGAGAGCAUUAAAGCUGGAAUGAUGCCACUAUCAAAUACGAUGAGAUACCAGUGGACUUGUUCUCUUGUUUCACUAAGUAGAUAGAUUGAAGAGGUAAGGCUGCAUCAAUUUACUAUACAUAUUUUCAUGCAGUUUCUGAUAACUCUCUUUUCUCACCUAUCCAAAUUGUGUUUCCGUAUUGGUAGAAAAAACUAAUUUAUUUGAACAUCAAGUAUGAACUUAUUAGGUUUAUAAGAAAGGGUAUAUUACUCUCAUUUGGCAUUGGACAUUGAAGCCCAAGAUUUUAAUUCUUUAUUGUUGA